AUGAGUUGCCUUUUAUACAGCUACACACAUUAUUUCCCACAAACAAACACUAAUGGCUUCCAUGAAUUGGAUUCACUGUGCGGAAAGCAGGGAAACUUUACCCUAAAUAGUGCGUAUGAAAAGAACCUCAAUGAUGCGUUAUUGGCUUUAGCAGAAGCACCCACCGGAAAUGGUGUCUUUUCAAGAUUUUCAAAUUCAACACAAGACAAUGAGUCGAACUCGAACACAGCUUAUGCCCUCGCAAUAUGCCCCGGGAUCUUUCAAAAUGACACGUGUCUUGGCUGUGUGAGAGCUGCACCCAACCGGCUAAAACUGGAAUGUCCAAACCAAAAGAAAGCCACAGCUUGGUUUUUCCGUACCUGUAUUCUCAGCUACUCUAAUAGCAGCUUAAACACAGUUGAUGGCGAUGAUGAAGACGUUAUAUCAUUUCCAGAAAAUUAUAUCCCGAAUUGGGAUUUUGUCGUUGAGACCCUAAUGAACUUGUUGAAAAAGUUACGGGUUACAGCAGUUACUGAUGGUUACAUUCAAACGUUUUACACUGGAAGUGAGAAUUUACCGAGUUCUAGGGGGGAUAUUAAAGCGACUAUGCAAUGCAUUCCCACUAUAUCUCAUAAUAAAUGUGAAGAGUGCUUGGGUAACGCUACUGAGUAUCUACUAGCAUCGUAUAAUGGAAGUACUGACGGAUUAGUUUACUACCGAUACUCAUGUUUGAUAAGAUACAUAAUAUAUAUUGUUAACGUAGUGGAUGUAUCACCACCAAUGCCACCAACAAAUUCUCCACGAAUUCCACCAACAGGGAAAAAGAGAUCAAAGGUCAUUAUUCCAGUAGUAGCAGUGGCAGCUGUCACAUUGGCUAUCUCGACUUUCUUUAUCUGCCUUAAGGUUCGCAGGAUCGGGAGUAGAAAAGAGGAAGAGGAAGAACUGUUUGAAGGAUCAGAUGAUGACACUGGCGAAAUUAUUUACUUCAGACUAAACACAAUUCAAGCAGCUACUCGUAAUUUCUCGGAUGCAAAUAAACUUGGAGAAGGUGGUUUUGGUUCUGUUUAUUGGGGAACGCUCUCCGAUGGCAAAAAGAUAGCUGUGAAAAGACUUUCACAAAACUCAAGUCAAGGAAUGAAGGAAUUCAAAACAGAAGUAAAACUAAUAAUAACGCUACAACAUAAAAAUUUGGUGAAGCUUUUGGGUUGCUGUAUGAAAGGGAAGGAAAGGCUCCUUGUUUAUGAAUACAUGUCUAACAGUAGCCUUGAUAAGUAUCUUUUUGAAGAUCCUAAAAAAGCAAAAGAACUGGAUUGGGCUAAGCGUGUCAACAUAGUGAAUGGAAUAGCAAAGGGUCUUCGGUAUCUUCAUGAGGACUCUCGCCUCAAGAUCAUACAUAGAGACCUCAAAGCUAGCAAUGUUCUAUUAGAUGACGAUAUUAACCCAAAAAUAUCAGAUUUUGGCACUGCGAGAAUUUUUGGAUCUAAUCAAAUGGAAGCUAACACUAACAGAGUUGUUGGAACCUAUGGAUACAUGGCACCUGAGUAUGCAAUGGAGGGGUUGUUCUCAAUUAAAUCUGAUGUGUAUAGUUUUGGUGUACUUCUGCUUGAAAUUAUUUCUGGGAAAAGGAACUGCAGGUUGUUUUAUGAAGAACAUGAUCAAAACCUUCUCUACUAUGCAUGGAUGUUAUGGGAAGAAGGAAAAGGAGAGCAACUGAUAGAUGAAAAUCUGAAUGAUGAUUGUCCUGUCGAUGAGGGUCUCAAAUGGAUGCGUAUUGCUCUACUAUGCGUUGAAGAAGAUCCAAACGAUCGUCCCACCAUGUCUUCGGUUGCAUUUAUGCUUGAAGGUGAAUGGAAAUCCCUCUCUGAUCCUAAACCUCCCAUGUCUUUCAGCCAACUUAUCACCUUUGAUAACUUUUCUUCAACUUGGAAUGGCGAUGAAUUUGGCUUUUAUUCAGCUAAUGAAACUUAGGCAGGGAAAGCUUCAGAAAGUAGAGGCAUCGGUGAUCGGGUUGUGUAAUGAAUAUAUUGCCCUUUUAUUCUUUUGUGUAGAUAUAGAAUGUUGUGUGUUCAGCAUGCAUUACAUAGAUUCAUCUCAUACCAAAAAAAAUAAAAAUAAAAAAAAAAAUAAAAAAAAAAAAAACAAAAAUACUCCUGAACUAAUGUCCUAGCUAUAGGUAUAGAUUU